CUUGAAAUUUAUUGGGCGACCUAUUACUUGCCAAGCACUGCCUCAAAGGCUCUGCAUGCAUUGUACUUUUUAAUCUUCACAGUAACGGAGGUUGAUUCUAAUACUGCCUCCUUUUGUUGUGAGAAAAAUGAGGCAAAAGGUAAUUAAUUAAUAAGCCCAAGGUUAUGUAGCCAGUAAGUUAUGAGUUCAUUUUACACUCAGAUGGUCUGUAAAUACUAACACUGAUAUAGCACUUUGAUAUUCAUUAUCUUAUUUAGAAGCAUUGCCUCGUUUUACAAACAAGAAAUUAAGGCUCAGAGGGUCACAGAUUUCGUCAGUAGCUCAUUACCAGCAUGUGAGAAAGCCAGGUCCACAGGUUCCAGAGUGGAAUUGUUAAGAGAAUAAAUAUAGUCUUUAGAUAACUUCCACUUGCAAGAGAUUCAGGGGAUAGAUCAUAAGUUAAACAGCAUGUGAGGAAGCGACCCAGGAGGUGAGUAUCCUAGAGAAACAGCUUCUCAGUGCUCCUCAACCAGCCAAUUCUUCUAGAAUAAAAGAGCCUUAAGAGACAUCAGUAGAGGCACCUUGUGUACCUCAACUGGACCUUGGUGUGUGAAUAAAUUAGUAUUGUGAUUCUAUAACAAAAAGUACUUAAUUUGUACAGAUGGAAAGUGACCUUAAGGAAAAGUUUAAGCUGUCUGUUCAAGUUCUUUAUCUUGUGGGACAAUAAUCUCACAUUUAAAUGUGACAAUAAUACCUACCUUAUAGGGUUGUACAGAUUACAUCAGGUAGUUUAUGAAAAGUGGAACAGGGCAGAGUUCAUCAUACACCUCCUGCAUUCACUCAGUGAAUGUUUCUCCAUAAAUGCAUCUGUACUGAGGGCCUGCCACACGCCAGAUGUUUUAGGUACUGAGGCACUAAAGUACCUAAAGCAGCCGUUCUCAACCUGUGGGUCCUGAACCCUUUGGGAGUCAAAUGACCCUUUCACGGGGCUCACCUAAGACCAUCCUGCAUAUCAGAUAUUUACAUUAUGAUUCCUAACAGUAGCAAAAUUAUAGUUAUGAAGUAGCAAUGAGAAUAAUUUUAUGGUUGGGGUUGACCACAACAUGAGGAACUGUAUUAUGGGUCACAGCAUUAGGAAGGUUGAGAACCACUGACCUAAAGCCACAGGCUGCUGCCCCCACCAGUAUGGCUCUUUCUGGUGGUCUUUAUCACUAUCGGGGAUGUCACCAUUUUAUUUAAAUUGUUUGCUGUCUUCUAAGGAGACAUCAGAGGAAAGAGAGGAAAAAAUAUCUCUCUAAAUGAAAAAAGUGAAACUAAGUUUUCUUGCUAUCAACCUUGGGCAAACAUUUCACAUUUCUUUUUGAAAUCUCAUUCCAAAUUUGUUGUGUCAUCUCUUCCUAUGCAGUUCUUCCCUCUCCCAAUUUCCUGUCAUUUUCCCAUCCCUUGCCAUUUCCCUCUUCAGCGGCGACGGUAGUAGAACACCUCCCAACUGCGGACUCUUCUCUGGGGUACUGUACUCACAUUUGGAUUCUAGCUGUGCCAUGUAGCUCUGGCCUGGGGCAGACCACCUGCCUUCUCUAACCUACACUUUUCCCAGCUGCAAAAUGCACACAUACCUACAUUCCUUGGAAUCUGUGGGAUUGGCGAUUAAAGAGUCUCGGCCGAGCCAUCGCUUCCUCUUCAAGCCAUCAUGAGUAGCAAGAAGCGCAGAUCAAAGAUCUUGGUUGAUGCAAAGAAGAACAAGAAAAUCCAGGACUAUUUUUCUCAGGUACCUAAAGAACAGCAGAAUAAUUCCACUACUUCUCAAAUGAAGAUGAAAUCUACAAGAAGUCCAAGAGCUAUAACUAACACCCAACCUCAAAGAUUCCAUACACCUAAAAAAGAUCCAGAAGACCAGACCACGGCCCCAAAUAAGAUAAUUAAUGUUACCUUGGAUGUAAACCAUAGGAAAAACAAAAAAAUGAAAUAUUUGGUUACAGGUAGUGAGAAGGAUAGUUUAUAUAUGGCUCUCCAUACGCGUAAGGCUAUUGAAGAAGCGAUAGAAACUCAUCAAGGCCAAGAAAUGUUAGUAUGUGGCAAAGAAGGAAUUGAAGGGUUCAUAAACCUUGGAAUGCCCCUCAGUUGUUUUCCCGAAAGCUGCCACGUGGUAAUUACAUUUGCACAAAGUAAAAGUAAACAGGAAGAAAGUAAUCAGUUAUCUGGCCGGCAUGACAAGGUAUCUACUGACUGUGUCAAAUUUUAUAUUCAUGCAAUUGGAACUGGAAAGUGGAAAAAAAGGAUCGUUAAAUGCGGGCAACUUCACAAAGAUGGGUACAAGCUCUGUGUGUAUGCUUUCAAAGGAGAAACCAUCAAGGAUGCUCUGUGUAAGGACGGCAGAUUUCUUUCCUUUCUGGGGAAUGAUGACUGGAAACUCAUUGAAAAACUGGACACUGUUGUAGAAAGCCAUCAGCCAGUUGAUGAAUUAGAGGGCAAGCUCUUUCAGGUUGAGGUUAUUAAAAGAAUGGGCCCCAAGAAAGCAGCUGCUGAGAAUUCUGAGUCAAAAGAAAGAAGCACCUGUGUGUUGAGAGAAUACAUUGUGGAUCAGUGUCCCAGUUUGAAAAAAGAAAGUGAAAAAAUCAGAGAACAUUUCAAGAAAAAAAUGAAAAAAGAGAAGGGGAAAGCAUUAUUUGAAUUGCAUAAAACAUCUUUUGGGAAAGUAACAAAAAACUCUAUUCUGGUUAAAGUAAUGAAACUUCUUUCAUGUCUCAGUGAUUCAGUUGGGUAUAUAUCCUGGGAUAACAAUGGAAAUAGGGGUUCUGCCACCUGCUUUGUUUUGAAAGGGUUGUUCAUUUUAACUUGUCGGCACGUGGUAAGUUACAUUGUGGGAGAAGGAAUAGAGCUAAGUAGCUGGGCAGCCAUAAUUGGCCAAUGUGUAAGGGUGACAUUCGUUUAUGAAGAGGACUCAGAGAAAGAAGAGAACUGCUUUUUCAUUGAACCCUGGUUUGAGAUAAAUGAUGCAACUCUUGACUAUGCUGUCUUGAAGCUGAAGGAAAAUGGACGAAAAGUACCUGUGGAACUAUAUAAUGGAAUUGCUCGUCUACCCCUUAAUGGGUUGGUAUAUAUAAUUGGCCAUCCACAGGGAGAAAAAAAGUCUACUGAUGCUUGUGCUGUGAUCCCUCAGGGUGAGCGAGAAGAUAAAUGUCGGGAACGAGCUGAGGCUAGAGAAACAGAGAAUGGUCAGUAUGUCCAUAUGUUUACUCAGAGAAGUUUCCAGGAAAUAGUUUACAACCCUGAUGUGAUUACCUAUGACACCAGUUUUUUCUUUGGGGCCUCUGGAUCCCCAGUGUUUGAUUCGAAGGGGUCAUUGGUGGCCAUGCAUACUGCUGGCUUCUAUUAUACCUACCAAAAUGAUACUCGUAAUAUCAUUGAGUUUGGCUCUAGUAUGGAAUCCAUCAUCCUUGAUAUUAAGCAAAGACAUAAAACAUGGUAUGAAGACGUCUUUAUAAAUCAGCAGGAUGUGGAAAUGAUGAGUGAUGAGGACUUGUGAGAAUUUGGUCUAUGUGUUUUUAUUAGGUUUAAGGGAAUUGUUAUUCCACAAGCAUUGAUGAUAGUUUUCUAAAUUCAAAAAUGGUCAGUUUCAAAUAAAGAGUAAUAAUAAUGAAUAUUACUGACCCUUUCUUAUGUUGCAGGCAUUUUCCUAAACACGUUUAGAAAUUGUCCUAAUAUAAUGAGGUCACUAUAACACCUAAAGUCAGUCAAUGUGAAUAAGGAUAAGGUUAAAUAAUAGUUUUAUGACACUAAAAGUCAUGAAACCACUGAUAUUUUUUCUUCUGUAUCAUUCCCUAAAUUCAUUUGCUAUGGGGCAGGAGCCAAAACUUGUUCAUUUUAUUAUCCCCAAUAUCUGACAUAGGGAAAGAAGUGCCUGAAAAACUUUGUGGGACAAUCAAAUUUGGAGCUACCGUAGGAGCUAAAUGCUUGAUUAGAAAUUAUCUCAAAAUAUUUUAGAAUUCUCAAAAUCUUCAUAUUACUAAACCUGUCAGAAUUAUCUGUCCUGAAAUUCAUGGAGUCAUAUUCAUUCUCUUUAUAGUAGGGCCAGGGGAAUAUCUUAAAGAUUGUACUUGACUCCUCAACCUCCUAAAUGAUUUUUUAUUUGUAUAUAUUAGGAUUUAUUCUUUGUGCUGUAAAAUUCUAUGAGUUCUAUCAUACAUAAUAGUUUCAUCACCCUAAAAUAUCUGUGCUUCACCUACUUAAAUCCCUCCCUGAAUUUCUAACCCCCUGAGAAUCACUGCUCCUUAUAGCUUUGCCUCUUUCAGAAACAUUAUAUAUUUGGAGUCAUAUGGUAUCUAGCGUUUUCAGACUGGCUUCUUUCACUUAGAAAUAUGCAGUUAGAGUGCCUCUGUGCCUUUUUGUGGCUUGAUAGCUCAUAUCUUUUUUAUAUAAUAUUCCAUUGUAUAAAUGUAACACAAUGUGUUUAUUCAUUCAUCUUGUGAAUUAUAACUACUUGCUUCCAGUAUUUGAUGAUUAUGAAUAAAGUUGCUAUAAACAUU